GAGCUUGAGCCUCCAACCGCGAUAAUCUACUGUCGGAGAUCAAACGUUUACAGAGUACAGCUUCCCGAACACAGCCGCAAAAUGAAAGCGUUCAUCGUCGUUUGCCUUCUUUCGGCGGCCGCCUUGACGAGUGCGCGAAGGCCAGGUCGCCUGGGAGCUGACGCAAAUGUUAGAGGCCGAGCAAACGCUGAGCUGCGCGCCGGCGUCGAUAACAUCGGCCCUCAUGGAUACGCUGGGCGCACUCUCUCUAUUGGAGGAAAUGCGGGCUUAAGUGUUGGUGGAACUGCUGGCUUGGGAGUAAGCGGCUUCGGCUACGGACUCCCUGGAUGGGGCGCCAGUUUCGGAGGUUAUCCAUAUGGCGGAUACGGUGGAUACGCUGGAUACGAUGGAGGUUUUGGUUCUCCAUACGAGAGCGGAUAUUAUUCUGCUACUCCUAGCUAUGGCUAUGGCAAUGUCUAUGGCUAUGGCAAUGGCAACGGCUAUGGCUAUGGCAAUGGCAAUGGCUAUGGCAAUGUCUAUGGCUAUCCACAGGGAGGAUACUAUAUUGCACCUGGCAACAAUUACCAUGGUGGCUACAGUGGAGCCUACGGCGUCUAUCCCACAACACACGGCAAUGCCAACUUGAAUACGGUCCGCUCCGCAACAGCAGGAGCUGGAUCUGCCGGUAACACUGGCCACAUUUCAGCUGGUGCCGCACCUUCGUAA